UGAAAGCUAACACAAAAUGUCAUCCGUGCUCAACCACAGAUUCAUAUCCGAGAGUAGUUUUACUUCCACAGAGUCGAAAGAACUCCAGCUUGACAUCCUGGGCUUCCUAAAUUUUAUCCACAAAUUAGGGGUUGAUAUCGUCCCGAUUACAUGGCAAUCAGCACGACAACCGAUCGGGUGGGGUGCAACAAGUCAAAUCAAUGAGGCGCAUAUCAGCAUCACAACCAGUUUUGCAUUCAAAUGCGCUUCCGACGCACAAAAACAACGAGGUCUGUCGAAAGUCUUGGAAGCCUUGAUGAACGAAAUUGGAGUUCUUGCUCAACCUUCAAUCAGGAAUCAUCCCAAUGUUGUGGAUUUGCAAGGCAUUUGCUGGGAUGUCGAAUCUGAACACGAGAUUUGGCCAGUCUUGAUCUUGGGAAAAUCCGAGUUUGGAAAUCUGCAUGACUUUGUGUCUUUACCAAACGGAAGGGCGCUGUCUACGGAGCAACGCCUAGAACUAUGUGUUGAUAUUGGCACUGCAAUACAGGAUAUGCACAAUACCAACAUUGUGCAUGGUGACAUCAAGCCCGAGAAUGUUCUCAUUUUCAGAGACCCAAGUGAACUUGGAGAAUACAUUGCGAAGGUUUCCGAUUUCGGGUAUUCAGCUAGGCUUCUGAGCGCCGACGACACAUGCUUAAUGUCUCGAUCACUACCAUGGCAUGCUCCUGAACACAGCUUUGAUCUGGUCGGUCUCGUUCAAGCACAAAAGAUGGACGUGUUCUCGUUUGCGUUACUUUGUUUCUGGGUAUUGUUUGAAAAGUAUCUUGCUGUAGAAGCGAUGUUUCCAGUGGAAGCACAGUGGGCAGAAGAGUAUUUCCCUGCAUACAAGGACGAACACCUCAGCAAAAGGUUUCUCGAGAAUCUCAAAAACUCGAAUAUGACUUCAGCCUUGGCCCGGGAACUGGUUGCCGCUGAUGAAUUUCUCGAUGCUGGAACUAAGCAGGCCUUGAUACAUUUUUUCACAGUUGGUUUAGCGCCUGAACCAAACUCACGAUCACAAGACCUUGGAGGACUCUUGAAUGACCUUGUUUCGAGGAGAUCAGCGCGGCACAAGAGUACCGAUGCAACGACGCUACAUACGCCGGAAUACGACUACGAGUUGGCGGUAGAACUAGUCGAUAACAUGUCGUCGUUGUAUGCCUCUGACUACCGGGUCAGAAAAUAUCUCAGACACUGCUUGCAAGAACGGAUGGAACGAAACAGUGGUUCUACGGAAAGACAGAAACUUGCGUUCCAACUUGCUGUUUGUAACGAGAUUGGAUUUGGGGCACUGAGAGAUGUUCUAUUGGCUGAGAAACUAUUACAGCAAAGUGGCAGAACGCGUGAUGAGCUUCAAAAAACACUGAUACGGGUUAUGACUAGUAGUGAUAGUCGGACUGGCAGUUCGAACUGGAGUAUCCUGCGAAAAUUAGGCCACGUCAAGAUGAUCAACUUUGCGGAUCAAUUUCAUCAGAUCGAUGAACUGAGACUGGCCGAAGAGGAGUACAAGAGAGAGAUGGCGGAUAUUGAACAGUCUCUAGGCAAAUCCAACGGCUUAUGGAUGUUCCAUUCGCAGACACUGACGCUAAUUUAUAAUAAACUUGGGCAGUGGCAAAACGCAGCAAGAAUAUUGGAAGAAGCACUCAAGUCGGCAACUUCAUCUGGAGAUGAUGAGAUCUCUAUCCUCCAGAUGAAUCUGGCACAAAUGUAUCGACACGAAAGUCGACUUACAGAAGCGGAACGCCUAUUAGCGGACACCUUGAGUCUGCUGUCGGAAAGUUACGCAGAGAACGAUCUGCGGGUUCUCGAAUGCAAAAUCAAUCUGGCUUUGGUGUUGAAAGAUCAAAAUCGACUACAGGAUGCGGUUGAUCUGCUUCUGAAAGCUCUGCCAGUCAUCCAGGGGAUGUUGGGUAGAGAGAAUCCUACCGCUCUUUCAACCCUUUCGAAUCUUGGAUCAAUAUAUUUCCUACAAUCGCGGUGGUCACAAGCUGAGAUAAUACACAUGGAGACCAAAGAUACUUGUGAAAGAGUACUUGGAGCAUAUCAUCCAUUCACCAUCUUGAGCGUCAAAAACCUUGCUAACUUAUACGCCCGCGGAGGACGAUUCAAUGAAGCAGAAGAAAUGCUUUGUGCCUGUCUAUCAAGAGGAAAAAGGGCGUUGGGCGAACAAAACCCCAUAGUUCUCGACACCUUCGAGGAACUUGCUAAUACAUACAUUAGCCAAGACCGGCUCGGAGAGGCUGAGGCAAUGUUAAGUCGAAUUGUAAAAGUUCGAAGAGACGUACUUGGACCCGAACACCCAGAUACAAUCAUCGGUAUGCAUAGACUGGGCGUGUGCUACCAGCGAUCAGGGAGAUGGCGUGAAGCUAAAGAAAUGUACAUCCAAGCUUUGGAACUUUCCAUCAGCCAUUUUGGACCCAAACACCGUUCUACCUUACACAAAUGUUUGGAUCUAGCCUCGUUAUACAUGGAACGUGGAUAUGCGACUAAGGCAGAACAUUUGAUGCUAGAAGUAAUGAGAGGGGAGGAAGAGUUACACGACCGAGAUGAAUCCCUUCGUAUCGACACUCUCGCAAAACUAGUGACAGUCUAUCGGCAACAAGAGCGGUUGGAUGAAGCAGAGCAAGCAGCAGUUCAGGCCAUUGGUGCUCAAUCACGUCUACAUGGAUACCAUCACUCAUUAGCACUGGAAAGCAAGAACAACUUGGGUGCGAUACUAAGGGAUCAGAGGAAAUAUACGGAAGCCAAAACUGUGUUCCUCGAAGUUAUCGGAAUCAAGGAACUGCAUGGCGUUCGAGAUGCAGCAUACUUGGUGAGUAAAUACUGUCUGGUUACAGUAUACAUAGCAGAGGAACUUUGGGAUGACGCGUUCAACUUGGGAAUGGAAGUUUUGGGUGUGACUGAAGUAAAAUUUGGAACCCAUCAUCGCCUCUGGCUUCUGACUAUGGAAGAGGUCAUCAUAGCGUGUACGAGCUUGGAGAGGUGGACUGACAUCGCAGAACUCGAACAGCAGGUACUGAAGAUCGACGAUCAUGUAUGGACCGAAGAUUACACAAAUAUCCUCAGGGUGACCAAGAGCAUUAUUUCAGCUUUAGUUGUCCAAGAAAAGUGGACACAUGCCGCCAGGGUUAGCGAGCAGGUAGUAUGCAAUUUGCAAAGAGUUCUAGGGACGGAGGAUACCGACACGCUUGAAUAUAUGCGUUUAUUGUCGUGGAUAUACACAAAAGAUGGAAGGUGGUCAGAAGCCGAGAUAGUUAUGCUGGAGGUGGUUGCAAAGUGGAAGCUGUUGAUGGGGGAAGAGCAUGAAAAGACAUUGAGCCAUAUGGCAGAUCUCGCUAGCAUAUAUUCUGGGCAAGGUCGCAACGACGAGGUGAAGUUACUUGUUGACCACAUAGCAGGCAUGCGUCAAAAGUUCAUCGGCGGAGCAUCUUGAGGAUGUUUGUGAAUAAGAAUCUCUAGCAACCGGUGGAAAUCUGGUGUUCAGACAUUACAUUAUUGAAACUUACUGGGGAGUCUUACUUAUGUCCCUCAGAAACGAAAAUUCACAUCAACAUCAAAUUCGUAACUG